CUCUGAACAAUCGGCUCGGCGUCGCCCGAAAUUCCCGGGGCAUUGCCACAUCCGAGAAAAAUGGCGGUGUAGGCCUCAGUUAUAAUCCAAAUUGUCGAGUAGCAAUACCAACACCAAGCGGAUUCGGCCCUAGAUUCCACUAUGCCGCACAUAGAGCAGUCCCUCUCCGAAGAUGUCGACUCGCUCGAGUAUCUUGACGAGCACUUACCUCGGAUUGAAGGAGAGCUCGGUAGCAUCACGCGGGUGUACGACCGCGGUAGAGACAAGGCAGAGCAGCUGAUCACCGAUCUUGAAUGGCUCAGCACGCCCCUCACAGGCCGCCUGCGAAGAACGAUCUUCACCGCUUCAGCCCCAGUGAGACCGCGGACAAAGGCGUUACUCCGUUCUCUCUUCGCCUUGGCGUUCUGCGUGGGCGUCUGGUUCACCUGGAUCACUCUGGAGGGUGCCGUCCGCGCACAUCGUCAACGCCUCGUGUGGGGUGAACGAUUGCUGAGCUAAGGGUGAACUCUUCUGGGCAUCGGACAUUUACUCCAUACUCCAAUCUCAGGUUUGACACAACGAAACGCCAUCACCUCAUCCUACCUUCUUCGCCUCUCGC